CAAUUCAACACCAAGCCACAGAAUUGAGAGACGACAUUCACGUCGAUCUCAUCGCCUUCUCUUAUCCAAAGCUGUGUCGCUGCGCUAUACAAUGGAUCCGUCAACGAAGAAAGAAGAAUCUAGCGCGACGCGAUGGGAUUCCCAAGGUGACCAUCGCGUCGAAGAUGGUGAUCCCCUUCGCGGUUCCAAACGCAAGCAAAAGGAUCARCAAGGACGAGAUACGGAGWACAACAACAUUACUCCGUUUCCACAAGGUAGGGGGAGCAUUAUGAGGUCAGCGCCGACAAAUCCUUCAACAAUCAAUUGCCGUUACGCGAGCAAGGAGAUCCCAACUCCGACGGCGGCCCAGACUGCCUCCACCGCUCGGCCCAUUGCCCAGUCGUGUUUUUCCUCCGACAAAAAGAAAAACGGAGGGCGAGGACCAUUGAAAAAGCGGUCUCCAAAUUUGUCGACGCCCGCUACAUUAAAGGUAUCGUUCUCCACGCCGGCAUCGUCUUCUGCCGCGACAUCACAAACGCUCGCUUCCGAUACGGGGACCUCGGGAUUUUCGAGUUGCGGUUCCAAAUCAUCAGCUUCGAGCUUUUGGCGUCACAGCUUACCGUCCUCUGUUACCAAAAAUGGGGAUUACAUGAGAGCGAUGCGUUCCCAGCUUUUACUCCGGAGAAGCCUGAGCUGCCAAUURAUGACUGAGCCAUUGCUUACCACACCGCAGCCAAUCCCUUCGAACGGAAGCAUAGGACGGGUCUCGUAUACGAACGGUUCACUGUUGCCGAUCAACUCGAAUCCACAUUCUGCAUACAGUUACGCUCCUUUCGUAUUUACUACUGAAGCAGAGAAUCCCAACCCUGCGGUCACAACUACGUCAAAAUUCAAGGAAGACGCAGCCUCACUUUCGUUUUCUCGAGAUUCAAGUCAAACACAAGUUCAAGAAAUGCGAAAUUCGUUGAACCAAAACAAUCAUAUAAAUCCAAGCAUUGACAAAAGGAAUACCGAGAGAAGACAAGGUUGGGGAGUCGAUAUCAUUCGGAUUAUUCAUCCCUUUGGUCCUCAACCCCGUGCCAUCAUCACACAAAGAUCCCAGCAGUCAAAACUUUCCCCCGUUGUACCUCGAGCUGAACUCUUCCAGCAAGCGAGAGGUUCCGUUUCUGCGAAAGGUUCUCGCAGAAAACCGGAGACAUCAACAUCAAUUAACCCGUCACCACCAAAACUAGGUACUGUGGCUGAUUGGAAGAACGGCAUCUUUCAUGAGAGAGGUAAAGAUCAUAUUUUUGGAUCCAAAACUAUCGAGCAUUGGAAGAGUCCCUCUACAGUAAAAGCAAAUCAAAGAAACACGGAAGGCAUAGCAGUAYYAAAAGAAUCAAGAGCAGGACUCCCGCUCUUCUCACCUAUUAUCCAACGCCAAAAGACUUCCUUAAGUGGAAUUUCAAACUUCGGGGAUCUCUCUGCUAAGAAAUCAAUAGGCGGAAUGAUCAAGUCAGAUGGUGUUGCAGCCUUCAGCUCAACGGGAUCCAAGAUCAAACUUCCAAUUGGAGAAAAGAGCAUAUUGGACGGUGUUACAGAGUCGAGGUUAAUGAGGGCCAAGAGAAAGCUUCCAAAACGAUUGAAAACAGGAAUCGACAACCAUAACCCAUCAAUCGAAAACAUGUGGAAUACAAUUCUUGAUCGACAGCAUCUAUUCCGGGGAGUAAGAACGACCACCCGGCCAUGCAAAUGUAGCAAAACUAGAUGUCUCAAGUUAUAUUGCGAAUGUUUUCACAAUGCUUCUUUUUGUGAUCCAAAGCUUUGUUCUUGCAAGGACUGUUUGAACACGAAAGCAGAAAAUGGAAUUGAGGUGCCAAGAGGACGCCGAGUAACGGCAAUGUUGAAUAUAUUGGCGAAAAAGCCAGGUGCAUUCGACAGAGGCGGCAGAUCAUUCAACAUAAAAGGAUGCCGUUGUCAGAAAAGUCGGUACGUCGCUUCAAGUAAAUCGCAUGUUACAUUCCAACUCUAGUUUCCACCACUCACCAUUUUGAUGUCUUCACAAAUUCAAAAGUUGUUUGAAAAAGUUUUGUGAAUGCGUCGCAUCGGGCAAGGAUUGCUCCAAACAUUGUCUCUGCAAAGAUUGUCUUAACCAACCGAAUGAUAAAGAGAAAAGAGCAUGUUCCGCAUUGACAGACCUAAAGAACAAAUGAUUGGGCGAGUGGCAUAUCAAAGGCUUCACGAAGAAGAACCUACAUUUCGAUUCCCAGAAACGAGAUGACGGAGGUAGUUACAUCUUUUCAACCUUCUAAUACACCGUCCACGAUUAGAGUACGCACAUGGGUAAAAUCUACUGUAUCAAUAAAUUUAAAUAUGAAUG